UGCAGCAGAGCGCUCCUGCACACUCUCUCUCUAACGCAGACAAACUUGCACACCAUGCACCGUCGUCCUCUCCUGUCUGCGUGUUUCUUUCUUUGUGGGUGAGAUGUUGCCGAAUGUGAUUAUUUUCAUGUACAUGUUGGGGGUUCCGCUGAGGCUCUGUGCUGCUGAUCUGUGCAACUGGACCGGCAGUGGUUUUGCAGCUGCUGUGGACUCCAGGAUCGUGCUCCAGGUUCGGUUGCGCUGCACAGAGGGCUCUGUGAGGUGGGUUUACCCGGGCCAGGCUCUCCGUGUGGUCCUGGAGCCCAACCUGUCCACCGCCCGGCGCACCACCGUCUGCAUCAAACCGUCUCCCUCCUUCCGCGGAGCCAGCGUCUUCAUCGAGCGCUCCGGGGAGCUGGAGCUGCUGGUGACGGACGGCGGGAGGCCCGAGCAGCAGAGGCAGGUGUUCUGUUUCCGGGCUGAUGGUCCUCACAGGCCCGCUCUCUACCUCCAGUCCAGUCCGCAGAAGGAUGGAGCCUGGAGCAGACGCAUGAUGGGCUUCAGAUAUGAGCUGCUGGGUAACAGAAGUGCUGCAAACAACCUGGGCCUGGGCGCGCUUCACACUUCAUGCCGACCCUGCAAUGAUACUGAACUCCUCAUGGCCAUCUGUAACAGUGACUUCGUGGUCCGAGGCUCCAUCAAGAACGUCUCCCACCACUCUGAACGUCAGACCUCUUUGGUGGAGGUGUCAGCAGCCCGGGUGUACCGGCAGCGCAGUGGAGUGUUUGAGCAGGAACUGUCUGACUCGGAAUCAUCUCCAUUAGUCCCUAUUUGGCGCGGACAGAUCCACACGCGGCUGCAGUGCCACGUGAAGGCCGGGGACGGGGAGUUUCUCUUCACAGGGUCAGAACACUUUGGGGAAGCCUGGUUAGGGUGUGCCCCGCGAUACAAAGACUUCCUGUCCGUGUACCAGACCGCCUGGGCGGCACGUCGGAAUUCCUGUGACUUCCCUUUGGACUGAGGAAGUGUGGUUGUUUUAGCACCGCUGAGCACUUGUCCACAGGCUCCCUCACCCCUGUGCUGGCACCGUGGGACCCCUCUGAUGUUUGUCAUGUGGCAGCAAGGUGGCAUCAAGAAUCACCAGCAGGGACACAGCUUUUGAAACAGCGGUUAAAGAAAGAAGCUGGUUGAGGGGAGCAGAGCAGGGCAAACAGCGGGGCCUCCUGCGCUGAGGCUCAUUGAGGACCCUCCUUUGUCUCCCCCCUCCCAUCACUGCCCUCAGUCCUGGGAGACUGAGAAGGGGUUGGGUUUCUGCUCUCUCUUUGUGCUUCCCACCACAUCAACCGCCGCUCACUUUGCUGCCUCUGUGUGAGAACGACCCUUUGAACUGCGGAGGGAGGCUCAAUCAACAGUUUGUCCAAGUGAUUACGCUUGUAAAUAUAUGAUGGUGAAGUCUUUAUUCUGACUCUUUGCUCAAGUUUACACUGUGCUCUCUGCUUUGUCUAUUUAUGUCUUGUACAUUAUACAUGCCCUUUAAAUAAAAAUAUGUUGCACAAGA